AUGUCGGCAGAGAUGUCUGGCGGAAGGAAGAAUGUCCCUCCUUCAGUGAAGAAUAUGAAAUUGAAGAAAGGAGAUCACUGUGGUCUACACUCUGGCGAUGUGGCAGUUCUCGCGUGGCAAGACAAGAAGCGAGUCACAAUGAUAUCAACUUAUCACAAGGAUGAUAUGCGUGUGACUCAAAACAAAGCCAACCGAGUACAGAUCAAGCCUGUUGUUGUUCGUGACUGCAACAAGGAGAUGCUGGGAGUUGAUCUGAAAGAUCAGAUGCUCCAGCCGUACUUGCUGGAACGAAAACGAGGAACAAAGUGGUACAUGACAUUGUUCAAAAGAUUACUGAAUGUAUCAAUACAUAACGCAAUGGUCAUGUAUCGGUCUGUUCCAAGUAACAGGAAAAUAGACACUCUGAAAUUCAGGAUUCUUCUCGCCCAAGGUCUCGUAGAGAAACACGGUCCUGCUGUUCCGCGCCCUGUAUCCGGCCGUCCAUCACUUCAGCCCCCACCUAAGAGACUCUCAGAACAUUUCCCGGAACGUAUUCCAUCCACUGGAAAGAAGGCUAGACCUCAAAGAAAGUGUGUGGUUUGUACGAAACACGGGAUGAGGAAAGACUCAAAAUAUUGGUGUAGUGAAUGUGGGGCAGGGUUGUGUAUAGAUGGAUGUUUCAAGAACUAUCACACGAAACUGAACUUCUAA